AUGAUCAAGGCCGUCAUCAUCAUCAACAUGGCCGGGAAGAUACGGCUGCUGAACGUGUACGAGAAGGAGAUCCCGCUGGGCCUCCAACAGGAACUCGUGCGCCGCGUCCACCGCCUCAUCUCGAGGCGCAGCGGCGAUCUCUGCAACUUCGUCGACAACUUCCGCGACUGGCCCACCCCCGACACGCGCGUGGUGUACCGCCACUACGCAACAUUGUGCUUCGUCUUCAUCGUUGACAGCAGCGAGUCCCAGUUGGCGAUCCUCGACCUCAUUCAGGUCUUCGUCGAGGCGCUAGACCGCACCUUCGAGAAUGUGUGCGAGCUCGACCUCAUCUUCCACUCCGACAAGGUGCAGCUGCUGCUGAUGGAGAUGGUGAUGGGCGGCAUGGUGCUCGAGACGUCGCGCGAAGAGAUACUGCGGGCAACGGCGGAGAUGCAGCGGCUUGGGAGCGCAAAGGUGACCAGUGGAGCGGCCGCGCUCUCGGGGUACCAUUAG